UCCCUCAUCAACAUUAUAUGUAUGUAGUUUGUUCUUUUCUUACCAUUUAUGAUCCAUCACCAAUUAACAAACUCUUACUCUACAUUAUUAUUCCCUCUCAUCGUUACUAAGAUGUCUGGAGCAAGGAUGCCUACAUGGAAAGAAAGGGAGAACAACAAGAGGCGAGAAAGGCGGAGGAGAGCCAUUUCGGCCAAGAUAUUCGCCGGCCUUAGAAUGUACGGUAACUACAAGCUCCCGAAGCAUUGUGAUAACAAUGAGGUACUCAAAGCGCUCGCCGAUGAAGCCGGCUGGACCGUCGAGCCGGACGGUACCACCUAUCGUAAGGGAUGCAAGCCUAUGGAGAGGGCCCACAUUGGUGGUUCUGUGUCAGUGAGCCCUGGUUCAUCUUAUCAACCAAGUCCAUAUGCUUCUUGUAACCAAAGCCCGGUUUCAUCCGCGAUCGCGAGCCCGACUUCAUCUGCAUUCGGGCCCAACCCGCACCCGGAUUCUCUCAUUCCAUGGCUUAAGAAUCUCUCAUCUUCAUCCUCUUCUUCAAGUUCAUCCAAGCUUCCACAUUUUCAAAUCCACAAUGGGUCCCUGAGUGCACCGGUGACCCCGCCUGCCAGCUCACCAACCGCUCAAUCCCCGUCUCGGAUCAAAAUCGGUUGGGGUGGGCCACACUUUCCCUAUCUCCCAUGUUCAACUCCCCCUAGCCCGGCUCGAGAGACUCUUCCUAAUUAUGAAUGGGGGACGCGGGUCCCACAGAGUGGACCCACGUCCCCUACAUUCAGUCUUGUUGCAGUGAACCCAUUUGGGUUCACUGCAACAACAGGUGGCUCACGGAUGUGGACACCUGGUCAAAGCGGGACUUGCUCUCCAGCAGUUCCUGCAGGGUUUGACAACAACGCAGAUAUUCCAAUGGCUGAAGUUGUUCCGGAUGAAUUUGCAUUCGGAAGCAAUGCGAGCGGACGGGUGAAACCAUGGGAAGGAGAAAGGAUACACGAGGAGUGUGUGUCGGAUGAUCUUGAGCUUACUCUAGGGAACUCAAAAGCCCAGAUAAAAUGUGACCCGAAGAAGAUAUGGUCAUCUAGCAUAGCGCGGAAUUAGUGCAUUUCAUUAUAUCUAUCUAUGUUGUCUGGUAUUAAAGUAUGUUAUCUAUGAAUGAAAGCUGUGCAUUUUUAUUGUAAUCAUAGUUCUAAUCUUAUAUAGCAAUGAAUGCAGUUGCAAGUUGGGGGUGCAAAA